UUUUUUUGUUUUUAUUUCCUUUUUUUCGAGACUUCUGUUUUCAUUUUUGUUGGUUUUUUUUUUUUUUCCUUUCUUACCCUAAUCUCUCCGUUUACGUAAAAGUCUUUGAGCAAUGUUUCUUGUCAAUUGGUUUUGGGAUGUUUUGGCCUCUUUAGGUAAAGAAAAAGAAAAAAUUAACCACUUCAAACGAAACGGGCAAUAUGUUGGAGAGUCAGGAGAUUGCAGAAGGACAUUCCUUGAAUCUCGGAACGGAUGACAGAUGAAGAGCAAAGCUGGAAUUAUGACCUUAUUAACAGUGAAUAUGUCUUAUUCAUAAACGUUACUUUUUUCUAUAAACAGGCCUUAUGAAUAAGAAUGCCAAGAUUUUGUUCUUGGGCCUUGAUAAUGCUGGCAAAACCACCCUAUUACAUAUGUUGAAGAAUGACCGUUUAGCAACUUUACAACCUACUCUUCAUCCCACGUCUGAAGAACUUUCCAUUGGUAAUGUCAAGUUCACCACCUAUGAUUUAGGUGGCCAUCAACAAGCACGUAGAUUGUGGAGAGAUUAUUUCCCUGAGGUUGGCGGUAUCGUCUUUUUAGUGGAUUGUGCUGACCAUGCUCGCUUCGCCGAAGCAAAGGCGGAAUUAGAUGCUCUUUUGGCUAUUGAACAACUCUCCAAGGUCCCCUUCUUGAUCCUUGGUAAUAAGAUUGAUGCUCCCGGUGCAGUUAGUGAAGAAACGCUUAGACAAGAAUUAGGUUUAUUCCAAACAACUGGCAAGGGUAAGGUUCCUUUGAAUGAUAUCCGUCCUAUUGAAGUCUUCAUGUGUUCCGUUGUUAUGCGUCAAGGUUAUGGUGAUGGUUUCCGUUGGAUUUCUCAAUAUGUUUAAAUAGCAUCGCAAAACUUAUUCAUUUUUCGUCAUCUAUUAUAUACUCUAUUAAUAAAAAGACAUGAAAAAAAAAAUGAUAUCAUUCAAGCUGUAAAAUA